CAUCAUUCACAACUUAGAAGAAUGCAGGCCUUUGAACUUCACCUGUUUCUUUGGUUGAUUGCAGUGACUUUAUCAUUAAAGGAAGAAGCUUGUCGAAAGGCUACACUAACACUGAAGACGUGGCGAAAAACUGUGAAAUUUAGAGAUAACAUAACUCUGGUCUGCAGCAUCAAUGGCACCUUUACAGGCUUGACAUAUCACUGGCACAAAGACCAUCAGACAGAUUGGGGAGUAAGCAGAGAGAACACAAUCACAAUCCCAUUUGUGACUGAGUCUGACAGUGGACAGUACCGAUGUGCUGCCUACACCAGCGGCCCGUAUCCUGGUGCUUUCUCCUGUCGAAGUAAUGCUGUUAAACUGAGUAUUAAGGGUCUCUUAACAGCAACACUGAUGCUAAGGGAUCAGAGGGAACCUGUGUACAUUGGAGAAGACGUGACUCUGGUCUGCAGCAUUGAGAAUGGUUAUACAGGCUGGACAUAUCACUGGUACAAAGAUGGAUAUUCAGACAGGAAUAAAAGCAAUGAACACAUGGUGACGAUCUCGUCUGUGACUAUGUCUGACAGCGGAGAGUACCAGUGUGCAGCCUACAGAGAUGACCGUUAUCCUGUUUUUGUCUCCACUGCCAGUAAUGCUCUUACACUGAGUGUUCAUGAUCUUUUAAAGGCGACACUGAAGCUAAAGAAUCUGAGGGAUCAUGUAUAUACUGGAGAUGAAGUGACUCUGAUCUGCAGCAUUGAGGGUGAACAUACAGGUUGGACAUAUCGCUGGUACAAAGAUAAUCAGACAGGCUGGAGAAGAAGCCAUGAAAACUCAAUCUCGUCUGUGACUGGGUCUGACAGCGGACAGUACCAGUGUGCAGCCUACAGAGAUGACCAACCUACUUCUGUUCCUGUCUCCACUAUCAGCAAUGCUGUUACACUGGGAGUUCAAGAAAGAGAGGCCAAACUUACCUCAAACCAUACAGGAAAACAAAUCUUUGAAGGGGAUAAUGUCGAAAUGAUGUGCAAAGUUGAUGGAAAUCUAGUUGACUGGAAAUAUGAGCUGCACAAGACUGGGGACAAAUACCCUUAUAAAGAGCAAAUGAAGAAGAAGAAGUUUACCAUCAGCCAUGUGACUCUAUCAGACAGUGGAGAGUACAAGUGUCGAGCCGUAAAAGACAAUCUUCACUCAAGAUUUAGUGAACCUGUGCAGCUACAAGUGUCAGGACUGAAUGGAUUUUGUCUUCCACAAGAAACAGCAAAAAACUGAAAUGAGAAAUCUUCGAAGACUAACUGUGUGAUUUAAUUAAAUUUUAUGGACAAUAUUUUAAUGCUUAUUACUAGCUUAUGGCUUUUACGUGAGUAGUGAGUAGCAUGUGGCAUUUGUCUCUAUCUCUGGACUGCAUAAAAGACUUAGCCAGAAGUUUAAAAGCCAUUCUAAGUAAACUAACGUUAACGAUAACUUUAUAUACUGUACAUUUGUGUUUAGUUAAGAUAAAGUUAUAGCUAAAAAGCAGCUAAAGACUUUUCUAUUUAGGAAAGCUUAUUAACAACAAUGCUAUAAUUGUUUUUUAUCUCUGUUUUUAUCUUGCUUUGCCUUUGUUUAAACUUUUUAUGUUGCACUUUGAGAUUUACUGCUAAUGUAAAGUGCCCCUAUAAAUAAAAUGUAUUAUUAUUAUUAUAAAUAGCUUUGCAUUGAUACAGUACAUAGAACACAUACAGUCAACUGAUAAUGGAGGGUCCUGCUUUAUUUCCUACACUGUAACAUGUAAAUGCUACAUUCCUUGCCACUUUACUCUAACUCUGAUAUAAUACAUAAAUAAAUUAAGCUUGUACUGAUUAAGGCUCUGCAGUUUGUGCACACCACCUGUUACAACUAUGGAUUGAAUGGUUUAGUGAGGUGAGUCCUGCUGCAGUUGAUUGCCACAACUGGCGGAGCACCUAGAAGGCGAUCAAAAGUGACUAUAGAGGAAAUUAAAUUUAUAAUGAGGUUUUUGCAGGUGAGCCUGUGAAAGUAUUGUUACCGAGCCUCAAUGGAGAGCAGCAUUCACAAAUUAACUGAACUGAAUGAAAUGUCUCUGCCAGUAGUCUCACGAUGGCAACAGAGUGCCAACAUUCCCAGCAACAAUAUGGCUGUCAUAAUGAAGGCACCUUUGAUGAUUAAAAUGGCAGCAUGAAAAUAAACAAAACUAACUAUCCAUCCAUUAUAUCCUAACUACAGGGUCACGGGGGUCUGCUGGAGUCAAUUCCAGCCAGCACAGGGCAGGAAACAAACCCUGGGCAGGGCGCCAGCCCACUGCAGGGCACACACACACACACACACACACACACGCGAGACAAUUUAGAAUCGCCAAUCCACCUAACCUGCAUGUCUUUGGACUGUGGGAGGAAACCCACACAGACAUGGGGAGAACAUGUAAACUCCACGCAGGGAGGACCCGGGACACGAACCCGGGUCUCCUAACUGCGAGGCAGCAGCUCUACCCACUGCGCCUCCGUGCCGCCCUAAAACUAACUACUAAAACACUAACAAAUAAUAUUACAAUCAAAAUUGAAAUCAAAUUGCAAAAUAUAAGCAGAACAACAAAAUACCAAAAUCAUAACAUAACUUGAGUUGCCUUUCUCGGUCACCCAAUUUAUAUAUCAAGCUCUUCUUCCUUGCACUUGUGUAUCAACUUAAGUUGUGAUUUUCAAUGUGGAUUUUCUGUGUCUUUCCUAAAGCCAUUUCCAUAUCCUUUCUCUUUUUCUCAAAUCUUCCCAGUAAAAAUCAGUUGUCUGUGAAUCACUUCUCUUUUGUUUUG